AUGGGAAAAAUAAACCUGAAGCAGGAGAAACAAUUCUGGGAAGGAACCGGAGGAGGAGGUACCGGAAAUAAUUGCUCAGUAGGACACAGUAGAUAUUGUAUAGGUUCGUACGGGGGAGAGGAGGAAGCUUAUGAAGGAUUCAUAGGAAAAUGGAAGAAGGGGAUAGGCUCCGCAACACGAGAAAUGGAUUGGAACCGCCAGACGGGGAGGCAGAGCCUCCUGGCAAGGGAGAUUCUGGGGGGACAAGUGGAUGAAUAUAAAUGGAAGGGCAUUUUAUCAUGUGUAAUGUAUGAAGCCCUGAACGGGAGGAGUCUAAAAGUCAUGAUUAACCAGAAACAACAUAUCCUCUGGGACAACAGACAUUGGAACAGGAUUUUAUCUCGAGGAGUCAACAAUUAUUGGGCCGAUAACAGUCAUGGGCAAGCGAUGUUGCUAGGAUUAGCGUGUCUAAUAAGGGCAUUACUAGGAUGGGACAUAGACCAAAUGGCAACCCGUCAGGCAACAAGGGCUCUAUGUGGACCUGUCUGGGAUCUCGUAGGGAUAAGAUUAGAAAAUCCAGUGACUGGGGAAGGAUCCUUAAGCGUCAAGUCACAGGAUCAAUUUCUGACUCUCCUAAAGGGCGAGACUGGGGGGACGGAUGACCAGCUAACCAAGCUAGGCUUUCUGUCAAGUAUAUAUUAUGGGUUGACGAGCUGUUGUGAUACUGCACGUCAUUAUGACUUGACCCCACUGAUAAGAGUGAGUGGAUAUCAAAUGCAACAGAUGGGUCCGUGCACAAUAGAGGGAGAUUCACUACAGUGCGGAAUCCACAGCAAAAGCGGGGGCUCCGGGUCGCUGAACAUUUGGCGAACAGGUAUCGGCACCGUCCUUCCCGAAAAAUCCCUCGACACUAGUAUUGGGGAAGGACCUAAGCUGAAAGUAGAUCCCUCCGAAGAAGACGAAGUCAAGAGAAUCCAGAGGGAUUCUCUUCAAGGAUCGCAACUCGUCCAAGCCUGGGUAGCUGCACAGGCACAAUGCCAAGGGGGGAAAAGGGGGGGUGAAGAUCGGUGUUCCAGGCAGGUCCAGGAAGCCGUAGAACAAGCGAAGAAGAAGAAGGACAUGCCUACUGGGGAGCUAGAGCGUGACCGAAUCAAAGCGGAUAAACCCCCCAAGCCGGAGCAGGGCGCCCGCGCCCUAAGGCUCCCUGAGCAACAAGGAGGGGAAACAGCCCAGGAACUUAACAGCCAGGAACACCAAGAUCUCAAAGGUCCAGCAGCCCCCAACAGGGUAGUAGCGGAGGGUUCCAUACAGAAGUCUGAACCAGAGGGAAAAAUCCAGGGACGAGAUCUUGGCGAUGAUGUAGGUGACUCUAGGGAAGAUGACGGAAACUCACAAAUGAAGAAAGUGCAAACGACAGCAUCGUCCUCCGUAGGAUCAGGCCCGAUAAUAGGGGGGAUAAUGGGAUUAAUUUUGGCCGUAGCCAGUGUUUAUGGUCUAUAUAGAAUCUUCAGGAGGCGGGGGCGGAGCCGUGUAGAACCACCGAUGCAGCUAAGUGCAGGUAUCACACGAAGAGUAGCAUAUAGGUAG